AUGAAACAAAAAAUAAAGUCUCUCUUAUUUAUUAAUAUUGCUACCUUUAUCGUUUUAACUUGGAUAUGGCAAAUGAACAACGAUAUGAGCAUGUUUAAUAAAUCUUCGGAUGCGAGCUAUAAUUAUAAUAGAAAAUUAAAUAGAAAAACUUUUCGAUUAUUAGCAAAGUGCGAAGUGGAUAAUUUUUCAAAUAUUGCAGGAUUAAAGGAAAAUAUACCAAAUAAUAUUGUGAACAAAAAAAAAGAUAUGUGUGUUGGUGAGAAAGAACCUAAAGGGGAAAUGAAGUCAUCAAAUAGGAAUUUAUUAAAUACAUUCAUACGUAACAAAAAAGAUACGAAAAAUAAAUCAUGUAUAUUUGAAACAAAAAAAUAUUCCCGUUUGGAAAAUAAAAUAUUCAAAGAACUAGAUUAUAUGGAUUUUCUUAAAAAUAACAGAACAAUUGGCGAUAAGUUGUACAAAAAAUUAACACGUAAAAAAUUGGCAAUACGACUGGCUUCACCUUUAAUCCUGUUUUUGUUGUUAUUAAUAGGAUUCUUAUUAGAUGCAUUUGCGGGCUGCUGGUUUAUUAGGGGCUUGAUGAAGAUACUGAAUUUGUCUUUAGGAUGGAAUAAUUGGUAUAAACCUUUACAUGAUUCUUUAAGGAAUUCACCUUUAGGAGUGUUAUUUAAGUCAAAUCUUAUUACAUUUAAUACAAAUCCAUUACAGAGGGGGUACAUUUACGUAGAGAAUUUUUUUUACUAUCUAAUAUAUUGUAUACCUUUUUUUAUCUUAGGUUUCACAAUUACAUUAGGUAUUGUUUAUUAUCAUAAGAAAGUUAAGAAGUAUAAUGAAAUUAAAUUUAGGAAAAGGUAA